CCCCACUUGUGUUUGCAGAUGGAUUGUCAGCACCUGUCACAUGACCUACAAGGUAAUGAGUGCUUAAAUGUGACCAAAUCAGCUGAAUACAUUCAUUUUUUAAUCCUUCCAUUACCUUUAGUUUUUCAUCACAAUUCAUUGCCAUCAUUUUUAAUUGACCCAGAAUAGAAUAUAUAGAACAGAAUAAUUGGGUAUGUUGGUAAAUUAAGCUUUUAAUCGAUUACAAGCAAACACAACAUUUCUUGGAAAUAUGGGCAUGUCCGGUACAUGACAAUGUGUAACUGGUGUCAUCACCACAUUUGCGUAUUCAUUUACACAAUACAGGUUUAAUCAUGCUCCUGCAAUUAAGCUGUCAUGUUUUCUGUCUAAACCAGACUUGUGUUGUGUUUUUAUCACCUGCCCACUAUUAUGCAAAAUAGCUGAGCCUGUCAGGGUUUUAUAUCAACCCAGUGAAUUCUUCCAUCCACACUCAGUUGCUCCUUUUUUGGACAAGACAGCAACUUUUUUUCUAAUUUUAAUUCAAGAGUAACUUUUAUGAGGACAUGGACCUUCGUCUGACACUCCUGUUCAUCUGUAUCUGCAGCAAAGCAGCCAUUAAUGCUGAGGUGGCAGAAAAUGAGUCAAUACCACUGGUGCCAUUGAUGCCCAGCCACCCCGUAGAGAGUGUAGAAACUCAUACAGCACAACCAGAAACUGCAGCUACCAUAGCAUCACCCAUUCCAACAACACUAACAACACUAACUAGUAGGCCCAAUGGGAUAUCAGAGGAAGAGGACGAAGGGGGAUGUCUGUCAAUCAGCCGAAGCCCUCGGUCUAGGGAUGCCGUUGCUGCUGCCAUUCAGAAACUGGGCAUGGAGCUCCUGCAGAACCUGGAGACAACACCAGAGCAGCCAAAUAUCAUAAUCUCUCCGUUCAGCAUUUCAUUAGCCCUCUCUCAACUUGCCCUAGGUGCAGUCAAUGAAACAGAAGAGUUGCUGAUGCAUCACCUCCACGACCAUACUCUGCCCUGCUAUCACCAGUCUCUGCAUUAUGUUCUGAAGCAUCUCAGAAACAAUGAUUUACAAAUUGCCACAAGGAUCUUCCUGCGCAAAGGGUUUGAGCCAAAGGAAAACUUUGUUCUUGAAUCUCAGCGGCUAUAUGACUCAGAACCAGCAGUUUUGGAGAGUCUUGAGCAGAUAAAUGAAUGGGUAGAGAAGGAAACAAAAGGAAAGAUGUCCAACUUUCUCUCAACUUUACCACCAAAUUUGCUCCUUAUGCUCAUUAAUGCCGUCCAUUUCAAAGGAGAAUGGAAAGCUCGAUUCGACCCACGCUUCACCACCAGAGGUGUGUUCUACCUUGAUGACAAGCACAUGGUUGAUGUAGAAGUGAUGGAAGAUGCCAAACAUCCCCUGAGAUUAUUUAAUGAUAAUGACCUGGACGCCCAGGUAGCAAGCUUCCCAUUCCUGAAGUCGAUGAGCCUGUUGGUAGUCAUGCCCAUGUCCAGCCAGGUGAAUAUGACUUCACUGGCUGCAAAGAUAAAUAUCACUGACCUUUAUGACCGUCUGCCAAGGGAGAGAGCCGUUCAAGUUAAAGUGCCCAAAUUCAAGCUGGAGUAUACUCAAGAGCUACAGGAUGUUUUCAUCAAAUUAGGCCUUGGAGAAAUGUUUUUCAAUCCCAACUUGGCUGAAAUGGCUGAAGGCCCCCUGCUGGUGUCCAGUGUUCUGCAUAAAUCCACCAUGGAGAUAAAUGAGGAGGGGGCGGAAGCAGCUGCAGCCACUACUGUGGUCAUCUCACGGGCAUCAAACCCUGUUUUCCACCUCACUCAGCCCUUCUUCUUUGCCCUUAUGGAUGACGCGACUAAAAUACCAGUCUUCAUGGGUGUGAUCAACAACCCUAAUCCUGAAGGUCCUGUCUUGCAGAGAGGAGAAUUUGGAAAUAAAGAUAAAGUGGGAUACCCUCUUGACAAGAAUCAUGUUGGCUCAUUCGGAGGCCCACCUAAAUAGGGACUUAGCACAGCUGCCACACAGAAAACCAGACCAAGACUAUGAUUGAUUGUACAGAUUAAAUAUACAGUAUUGCUUAGUUUCAUUUGGAUAUAAAUACACUGAAAAGCCUGGUCGCCCCCCCCCCUUAAAUAUUCCUUAUAAAAACAGAUUUGCUACUUCUUCUUUUUUUUCAAGACGUUCUGGUUAAGCAAUUCGUUUAAACAUUUUAUAUUUACAUGGAAUUUUCAUGCAAGAAAUCAUUGAGUAAAAACUGUUUAUCUCUGAGUUUCUGUAACACGUUCACUGUCUGCUGUGUCAAAAUAUAUUGCCCAUUAAAGCUGAAAUAUUAUCACAUCAUUGUGAAUGCAGCUAAUGUUUUUGAAAUAUUUUACUGUGGAAUAAUAAAC